GGUCUACAAGGCCAACAGCACCGUCCAGUCCUUGGAGAGAAUCUGCGCCCAAUAAUUUUCCUUUCCUUUCCUUUCCUUUUCAGCCAGCUGACUGUCCUGCUUUACCAGGUAGCAGUAGAGUAGCGGACAUUCAGGAGACUGGGAGAAUCCGACGAAGUUUGGACAAAAAUGGAGUACAACAAGAGAGCUUUUUACGGGGACUCCUCAUCCGGCUCGUCCUCCGAUCGUCUCCCACCAGCAUCAUCAUCAUCAGCUUCCAAUUCCAGUCAACAACUAUCAAACCCUUUGCCUCCUCUACAUACUCUUCGUCUCCACAGUCCUCCCAAUUCUCUGGUGUUUGAUUUUUUUGAGGAAGAAGGUGAUAAAUCAGACUACUUGCCAAAUGGCAAGGCGAGUAGGAUUCGGAGCUUCCCUCAUGUUAAAGGCAACUAUGCGUUAUAUGUCUACAUCCCAGUUCGUAUCCCUUCUGCUCCAAUGAAGGAGUUGGCCCAGUUUUUGAAGAAGGUCUCAUCUCGUGUACCUGGUCUAAAUGCUAUUGACAUUGACAUCCCACUCAACAUUUUGUGCACUGAUGAUCUGAAGCUUGAACAAGCUUCCUUGGGGAGAGAAUUCCACAUAAGUUUGGGGAGAACUGUUCCAAUUCGACGGCACCAAAUUGACUCGGUGGUGGCAAUGCUUCGUCAGAAGCUUCAGUUUCAGAGCAGGUAUUGGAUUGAUUUUAAUGAGUGGGAGGUUUUUGUGAAUGAUGAUCACACGCGCUCCUUUCUUUCAAUUGAAGUUAAAACAAAAGGAUUGGCAGAGUGGCAGGUAGAUGUAAGUGCCUUCCAACUUCCAAAGACAAUUUUACUUUUUCACACGAUAAGGAAGCAGAUUCAAGCUGUUAAUGAGGUUUACAAGCUUCACAAUCUUCCUGAAUUUUAUAAGGAUCCACGCCCGCAUGUAUCCUUAGCUUGGGCAUUAGGUGACAUCAGUGAUGUACUGAAGAGAGUGGUUGAAGGGAAAGUGAGGAGAUGCACUAUGGUUGGGAAAUAUGCAAAGCCACGUAUAUUUACCUGCAAAUUUAGCGGCAUCGACUGUAAGAUAGGCAAUAAAACCUACAAAAUAUGUAAAUUCCAAGAAGACUAUGAAAGCUAAUUUUAUUUUCAAAUUUCCAGAAUACCAUAUCUACUAAAGGUCACCACUGUUGAUUGACCAACUUUAUUUCUGAAUUUCAUCAUUAUCAUCAAUGAAUUAUUUAGACUUGAUGUUUUGUACCGGAAAUUAUAUUGGGUCUGCUUCUAGGGUAAAAUAUGUAAAGCCACAAAUAAAGUGUGUUUGCAGUUCUCUUUCUUCUUCUUCA